AUGGGAAGCCUAAAGAAUUUGCACUCUGCUGUACUGUUCAGCUGCCUAAUCUUUUUGGCUCAAUCACUGAAUGAAGAAGGAAAUAUCCUUCUACAGUUCAAACAAUCUCUUGAUGACCCUUUUCACAACCUCCAAAGCUGGAAUCCAUUGGAUUCAAAUCCUUGCAAUUGGACUGGUGUUCUUUGUAGCCCCAAUGGUAAAGUCAUCUCUGUAUACCUUAGCAGCCUCAACUUAUCAGGAACUCUAUCAUCAACCAUUUGUGAUCUCCCUUUCUUGAAAAAUCUGAACCUGUCGAAAAACUUCAUCUCCGGUCCAAUCCCUCCCGAUUUCAACCGCUGUCGAAGCCUCGAGAUUUUAGACCUUUGCACAAAUAGGCUCCAAAGUGAGUUCCCAAAGGAAAUUUGCAGCAUUACAAGCCUUAAAAAGCUCUAUCUCUGUGAAAACUACAUAUUUGGCGAAAUCCCGGAUGAGAUUUCGAACCUGGCCUCGCUCGAGGAUCUCGAAAUAUACAGCAACAACUUAACCGGAGAGAUACCGAAGUCGUUCGGAAAACUGAUGUCGCUGGAAAUUCUCCGGGCAGGAAAAAACUCCUUAUCCGGACCUCUUCCGGUUGAAAUCAGCGAGUGCAAGAAUUUAACCAUUUUGGGCGUGGCUCAGAACUGGCUCGUGGGCCCGUUCCCAACCGAGCUGCAAAAGCUCGAACAGUUAAACACAUUGUACCUCUUCGGCAAUCAGUUUUAUGGCGAGCUCCCGCCGGAAAUAGGUAACUUCACCAGCUUGGAGGCGUUGGGCCUGAACGGUAACAAUUUCGAAGGCCCAAUUCCGAAGGAAAUCGGUAAACUCACCGGGCUCCAAAUGUUGUAUCUUUACAAGAACCAGCUCAAUGGUACCAUCCCUGCUGAGCUGGCAAACCUUUCGAGCGCGGUCGAGGUGGACUUCUCCGAAAAUCGCCUUUCGGGUCCCAUCCCAAAAGGCUUGUCUCGAAUUUCUAAUCUCAGUUUGCUUUUCCUGUUCGAGAACAAUCUCGAGGGGAAUAUCCCGACCGAUCUUUGCCAGAUGGAGCAGGUGAGGAAAAUCGACCUUUCGAUGAACAAUCUAACGGGCUCGAUCCCGUUAGAGUGCCAAAACCUCCGGUUCUUGAUGGACUUUCAGAUGUACCACAACCAGCUCGAGGGUAUUAUUCCUCCGCUUCUCGGGUACAACAGCGAGUUUAAGAUACUGGACCUUUCGAUGAAUAGCCUCUCGGGCGAAAUACCUCCGAACAUUUGCAGGUCUCGAAACCUGACUUAUCUUAGCCUCGGUUCGAACAAGUUGACCGGUAACGUGCCGCAUGGCGUGAAAACAUGCAGCUCAAUCCAGUACUUGAUGCUAGGUGACAAUUUACUCACCGGAAGCUUUUCGAUCGAGUACACUCGGCUUCGAAAUCUUUCGGGACUAGAGCUCUAUAAGAAUCGGUUCUCAGGAAUUAUACCUCGGGAGAUCGGUAAUUUCAGCAGCAUCGAGAGAUUGCUCUUGUCGAACAAUCAUUUCACGGGCCACAUACCUUCCGAGAUCGGAAAGCUCGUUGCGCUCGUCGCGUUUAAUGUGUCCUCAAACUGGCUGCUCGGCGGCAUACCUCAAGAGUUAGGAAAUUGCAUGAGCCUCGAGAGGCUUGACUUAAGUGGGAACCGGUUGACCGGCUCGAUUCCCGAUUCACUCGGCAAGCUCGUCAAACUUGAGCUGCUGAAAAUAUCGGAUAAUAAUUUGUCGGGCCCCGUGCCCGGGACCUUAGGUGGACUUUUCCGGCUAACCGAGCUGCAGAUGGGAGGAAAUUCGUUCUCCGGCUCGAUCCCGUUUCAGUUGGGCCAACUUUCCGGGAUCCAGAUCGCGCUUAACAUCAGCCACAACAACCUCACGGGUCCGAUCCCGAGCAGCCUCGGCAACCUGCAGAUGCUCGAGUCGCUUUAUCUGAACAACAACGGGCUCACAGGCCCGAUCCCGAACUCGAUAGCGGGCCUGAGAAGUCUCAUCGAGUGCAACCUCUCGAACAAUGCCCUGUACGGGCUGGUCCCCGACACGCCCGCCUUCUCAAAAAUGGACCCCAGCAACUUCGCGGGCAAUGACGGGCUCUGCCUGACCCAAUGCCGUGGCUCGUCGCCAAGCCCUAUGCAUGGCCCGGCCCGGAGUUGGCUGGGCCGGGCCUCGAGGAGGGAGAAGAUCAUCACGCUCGUCUCUGGUUGCGUUGGGUUGGUAUCGGCGGGCCUGAUCGCGGUUAUCUGCUGGGCCAUGCGGGUCCAUAAGCCCGACUUCUCGUCGCUCGACGAGCAGAUCAAGAGCGACGAGCUCAUCGACAGCUACUACUCACCGAGGGAAGGGCUUGGUUAUCGGGACCUUCUGGAAGCUACCGGAAACUUCUCCGAACAGCACAUCUUGGGAAAAGGAGCCUGUGGGGUCGUUUAUAAAGCCGUUAUGGGUAACGGUGAGGUGAUUGCCGUUAAGAAGUUGAAAAAGUCGCACGGCGAAGGAGCGAAUAGUACUGAAAACAGCUUCCGAGCAGAGAUAUCGACGCUUGGGAACAUAAGGCACAAGAAUAUCGUGAAAUUGUACGGUUUUUGCAGCCAUCAAGAGAGCAAUUUGAUAUUGUACGAGUACAUGGCGAACGGGAGCUUGGGGGAGGUUCUACAUGAAGAUGAGCGGGCCCGAAUGCUCGAAUGGGAGGCCCGUUACAAGAUUGCAGUUGGGGCAGCCGAGGGGCUGGCUUACUUGCAUAAUGACUGCAAGCCGCAGAUUAUUCACCGGGACAUAAAGUCGAACAAUAUACUGCUCGACGAGUAUUACGAGGCACACGUGGCAGAUUUUGGGAUGGCUAAGCUGAUCGACUUCCCGUUGUCGAUGUCCAUGUCGACCGUGGCUGGCUCGUACGGGUACAUUGCCCCUGAGUACGCUUACACGAUGAAGGUGACCGAGAAAUGCGAUGUCUACAGCUUCGGCGUAGUCCUGCUCGAGCUCGUCACUGGAAAAUCUCCCGUGCAGCCCUUAGACCAAGGCGGAGACCUCGUGUCGUGGGUUAGAAAAUCGGUCCAAAAGCUCGACUCGAGUUGCGAAAUACUCGACCCGCGCUUGGACCUCAGCUCGAAGAAAAUGGCGAACGAGAUGUAUUUGGUUCUGAAAAUCGCGCUGUUUUGCACAAACACGGGCCCACUUAACCGGCCCACCAUGCGGGAAGUGAUUGCCAUGCUCGUCGAUGCAAGAGAAGGCGUGCUGACGAGCUCCGUGCAGUCCCCGACAUCCGAGACGCCUUUGGAUGGGGAUUGA